AUGACAAGCUUGCGGCGCUCAGACGGAGACGACGUAGCGCAUAGUACGUCUUCCACCACCCGUGCAACCACUGCAACGACCUCCGACAUGUUGAGUACGCUUUCCGCACCACCUAUGCUCGCGUCUGAUAACAGCAGUGGCGUCCUGCUGCUGGGAAAACUCAUGCGUCGUGACCGCCGUCUGUUCACGUGGAAGUGGCGAGACUUUGUGCUUGAGCGUUCGCGACUUCAAUACUUUAGUCGCAAAGGAAACCGCAAGGGUGACAUUCCGCUCACACCGCACACACCUAUCACUAUUCGUAUGUGCAACGAGCCCAAACCGUUUGGCUUCUUACUCUUUAUCAAUGAUACAAAACUCACGUUGGCUGCUGCCACUGAACGAGAGAGACACCGAUGGAUCGACGUCUUCUGCGACGUUUUCCACGCCAGUGUAGAGCAGACGCCAGCCGAUAACAAGGCCGAACGACGGGCAAGGCCUACGUACUUGCCCAUUCCAGACCUAGGAGACGAUGGAAUGGAUCAUAACAGUAGCGCUAGUAACAUACUUGCACAUCAAAGCACUGCCUUGGAUAAUUUAGACGCUGGAGACGGAGGUCACUCAACUCCCGUUAUGGCUCACAAUCUUCUAGAUAACGACCAAGAAAACAAUUUAAGGCGUCACUCGUUCAAUGAAGAUGUGAUCCCGAUUUUAGAGUCAAGAAUGACAUACGGACCAAUCAAAGAAAUGUACUCACGAAUAACGUUCCCACCAAGUUUAGCGAACGGGGACUUAUUAGUUGGGGUGGGGCCAAUUGUACGACGUAUGGGCUGGACGGACGAACGAAUUUUGGCUGUUGGUAUGUACAUUGAACCCGAAACAGCAACACGAGAGCUUGACAAAUUUCAUGGUCGCGAUGCCAAGAGUUUGUACGGAGACCAUCAAUUUUACGACCAUCUUCUCUCCCAUACGACGUUCCGACGUAGCUUUGUCGUUACUGCGCGAAAGCGUGUGUCCAAAUCAGUGCUCACAGCGUUGCUUCGAGAUGAAUUGAGCCCUCGUUUGGGAGCAAACGCAACAGCUUUGCAUACCUUUCUCGGGUUAAUCGAAAAGUCGUUAAAAAAAGCCGAAUCAAUGGUCAUGCGAAUUCACGAGGAUGGUCGCUUUGAGUACCGACUGCGAGGUCAACUGUACCCCCCGAUUGCAUCGCAUAGUCUCUGCAACAGCAUUCAAGCAAUAUUUUUCGAAAAUAAUUCGAUUCAGCACGACGCCAAACGGGGGCUUGUGGAGCGCUUGCCUUCUCUUUGGGGUGGGGAAGUACUUGAUGUACAAGACGAAAUUUUUGGUAGUGUGCGUGAACCGAAAUUGAGUAUGGAUAGCGACGAUAACGAAGACUCCGACUCGGAUGAUUUUGAAGACGAUAGCGAGGCAGAAGAUCUUUUUGGUGCUGCGGAAGAUGAGACCGAUCGUACGUCCCAGGAAGAAGAACGAGAAAAGAUAGAGCAAGCGCAUUAUCAACAGGACGGAGAUCCCGUUACGACCAAAUUACGUACAAGCAGUCGAUCUAGAAGACACAGUCGCGUCAGCUCCUCGAAGAAAAAUGGCAAACCUUCUACCAAAGAUGAAUGGGCAGACUAUGAUGACGAAGAACUGGAAGUAAUGCGUCGCGAAAGUUGUAGCCUCGUCGUGCAUUUUGGUCCUAUUGUAGACCGUCAAAGUAACGUCAUGUUCAGCGGCGACUUGGCUGCUGAUGGCAGUGCAUUGUUAGGUACAUGGUCUCAUGAGUUUUCAGUGCCGCUAGAAGAGCUCGAUCAACCAAGUGGCUUUUGUCAGCAUCGAUUCUCAGUGGGUUUGUACGUUGAUCCAAGUGCAAUUAGUGAAAGUCUACUCAAGUACAAAGGGCUCUCUAUUGGUAGCAUUGUUCAAGAUGCCGACUACUUUCGCCAAUUCUCGCAAGGGAAGUUUCAAAAGCAUUUGAUUUUCAAGGUGAACGCCGAUAUGAAGUUUAAUGUCUUACUCGAAUAUUUCAGCACACGCCUUCGUUCAUUAAUGUCUUCGUUUGAGGAUAUGAAGCAUCCGGUUGAAAGCUUAGUGGAUCUCUGGAAUCACGCAUACCCACAGCAACAGCAGCUUGAGUUGUGCCCAAGAGAUGAAGUUCGCAUAUCGAUUUCUGCCGAUAAAAAAGUGGUUUUGCGAGUAAAAAAGCGUGGCAUUAUCAAGGAUGAUAAAAAGUCGUCCAAUUCUGUCUCUUCCACUACCCUGUCGUCGUCUCUAGGCGACGAAAAUACUAUGCCUGGCGUUGGGAGUAAUAAUUUUGCAGCCACGUCAAUCUCUCAAGCGGGUUCAUGGGGCGAGAUCAGUCCUCACAGCAACGAUCCUCGUCCAAAUAUCGAGAUGGAGCUUAUGCUGCCUCCUCCUCCUUUUUACUUGGCUUUAGAAAGCUUGUUUUUCGGAUUCAAUGCAAUUGACCCAACAGCGCGGACUCAGCUUAUGGAACGCAUUCCAAAUCUUCUCGACCUCGCUCGAGAUGAUCUCGUGCACACAUACCAUGACGAAAUUCAAGCUUUGCGAGAGAACUACAAGCGUCAAAAGCCAGAGAAUCGCGUGAAAGUAGGUUAUCUUUCAAUUUCGUUUGAUAAACGCAAGUUGCAACGGAAUGCAGACAAAGGAGGUGCCAAGCUAGUCACUGUUGUGCCAUCGCGCUGGUCGAAACGCUGGUGCCGACUGGAUGGAACACUCUUUUCCUACUACUCCCACAAACGAUCUCGUAAAUACCGUGAUAUGAUGGAACUCACCCGAUGUGAAGUCGUUGAGAUUACUGCAAAUAGCGGUCCGGACGUUGCUCGAUUUGCUUGGGAAAAAGGAGAGAACGACAGCAUUCGAAUCGCAAUCAUCAAACCAAAUGGCGAAAUUCUAGCCUUACGCACUGAGACAAUUUAUGAGGGGGAAGAAUGGUUGGAAUCUCUGACGGAUGCCAGCAAAGUGCGACGUCAGGCGGGACCGACUGAUAAUCGGACGACGUGGGAUGCAAACUCUUCCAAGCUUCAACGACGUAGCAGCAGCAACCAUGACCAGCGACCUGAUCGAGGUCCAAGAAGUGAAUCCGCGGGAGCGGAUCACACUGAACGGCGCUCGAGCGUUGAAAAAUGCGUUAAGAUGGCAGCAUUAAAUGAUAACGACGAAGAUGGAGACGAUUACGACAGUGACGAUGAGCAUUAUGAAAAGGAAGGCUCACUGCUCGCUUGGGUACGAGAAGACACACGCCACGGUGUUAUUGCCUUCUUGAUAGUACUCAUCGUGUACCUCGCUUCUGUCAUGCAUCGAAGUCACUCUGUCUACAUUGAGCGUCCUGAAGUUACUGACUAA